GAAUGGAAGCAUCAAAAACCAUACCCAAAGGUGGAGGAGAAGUGAGGCGUCUUCACAUAAUUUACUUUCUUAGCCACAUGGGUCGCGUUGAGCAUCCUCAUCUCAUUCGAGUUCAUCAUCUCAAUCGCAAUGGUGUUCAUCUCCGAGAUGUUAAGCGAUGGAUGACCGAUCUGCGAGGGAAAGACAUGCCUGAAGCCUUUGCUUGGUCCUAUAAGAGGAGAUACAAAAAUGGUUACGUUUGGCAAGAUUUACUGGAUGAUGAUCUCAUCACCCCAAUCUCCGACAAUGAAUACGUUCUUAAAGGAUCCGAGAUUUUCCCCACCACCCCUUUAGAUACUACUGUUCACGGUGAGAAAAGGGCUUCCAUUUUCAGAAAUGACAAGCAUGUUGAGGUUGGAAUUGAAGACAAACAACUAGAGCAAGAGCAAUCUUCAACAAAAGAAACGAACCAAAUAUCCCCUGAUACUAGUAUCGAUAUCUCAGUGAAAACAUCAUCUGAAGUUUAUCAUGAAUCGCCUAUAUUCAGUUCAGAGAGGUCUACACUUUCCCAAGAUUCCUUGAAGCAACGAGACGAUUCUCAUGAGGAAGAAAUGGACAAGUUUGAAAGUCUCUCAUCUUCUUCCUUUUACUCCAGUCUUUUAGGUAAAAAGGAGAAGAAGAAGAAAAAGAAAACAAACAGCAACACAAGCCCUCGCAAUGAGGAAAACAUCGACAGAAGCAGCUGUAGCAUUGAAAAGGCGGGUACCCCGAGCUCAUCAUCCUCAACACAAUCACAAUCGCAGUUUGCAAAAAGUAAGAGUUAUUCGAGUGAAGCGUCGAAAAUGCUACGAAACUUGAUGACUUGCGGUGCUGCUGAUGCAAAUGAUGCUGCAUUAGUUGUGAUUAAUAAAUCUUCUUCAAAUAAAGCGGAGAUUUCCAAAGGUGGGUCUAGCAGAGGUUGUGGAACUCUUUGGAAUCAGCAGCAACCACUCAAUGCAAGGAUGAAAGACUCGAGGCAGCAGCAGAAGCAACAUAAAAGCGGAUUUGGUAAACCAAAGGGGGUAGCUGCUGCUUACAAGCCAGUGGCUGCACCAAUCUGCUCGCAAUGUGGGAAAUCUUUCAAGCCAGAGAAAUUGCACAUACACAUGAAGUCCUGCAAAGGAAUGAAAUCUUCUGCAAAAAAUGCAGCAGCUUCCGUCAGCAAGACUCCAUCACCAUCAAUGAAUUCCAUGAAUCAACUAAUGGCUGUUUCCUAA